CACCAGCGAAGGGAAAGGGGAAGGAGGCAGCGGGGUCCUCACCACUGGAUGGCUGUCAGACAUGAAGAUCUUCGUCUCCUAUGAAGACUUCAGGGAGCCCUUCCACGUCUCCCCGGACCAGACUGUGGGGGUCGUUAAGCAGAUGGUGACGAAAUGCUUUCUUUUGCAACUAGCCAAUGACGAGGAUGUCCAGCAGGAGCUGGAGUUAAGUUACGCUGGUGCAUCUCUGCAGGACGGCUGGGCCCUGGGCGACGUGGGGGUCAGUCCUGGAGCUGUCCUCCGGUGCCUCAUUAAGAACAAACCACCACCUGCGAUACAGGUGUUCAAUGUAGUGACGCAUGAGACAUUCUCCGUUAUAGAACCUACACCCCUUUUGAGUACCACGGUAGCCAGGCUCAAAACAAUCAUCUCCCUGCAUGUGGGCCUACCAGUCAGCACCUUCAGACUGAGUACGGCUCUCGGAGUUGAACUCUAUGACUGCAACCUACUGAGCGACUAUGACAUAGAAUUGGGGAGUACUCUUCAAUUGGACACAUGGGACGGGUGGGUGGAGUUCCUUCAGGGCUGUGUUCGAGGACACAUAUUGGCAAUCCAAUGCCACCUGUCAAAAGAGAAGGCCGUGAUGAGGUUUCAACUGCGGGUGGCGCUCUCCAUCGCUGCCUUCAUGGGCCACCUGGAGCUAGCGGACUGGCUUCUACAGAGGAGGGCGCGCCCCGAGCGACCAGUAGGGGUCCAUCCGUAUCGUCUGUGGUGCCACAAAACUUCUCACCAAGACAGCAGCAAAUGCCCCAUCCACAUAGCCGCAGAGCGCGGUCAGCUUCUCAUCCUCAAACUCUUUGUCAGCAACAACCCUGUGACCUUGGCCACUAGAGACCGUUGUGGCCGCUGCCCCUUGCAGAUCGCCCUCCAGCACCGUCACAAAAUGUGUGUGUGCUACAUAGUCAGCAAGCUCUACUCGGUGAUGUCUCUUCCAAAGUUGUGUGUGUCCAUGCGUGUCUACCUUCAGAUCAAAGCCUGGGUGAAGGUAGGACAAACAAAAGCAGCAUUCAAGAGAGCGCAUGCAACCAGGGCUUCGAUUAAAUCCAGGGCCGGAGACACAGUGCUGGUGGAUGGCUUCACAGAGUCGAAAAUGUCAUCCAAACCUGUUAGAGAUGAGACCAACGUACCCAGAAAGAUUGGAGCCAAGGUUUUGACGCCUCUCACGGGUUCACGUCUACUCUACGGACGGCCACUAGAGGGAGACAAACAGCAGCUGCAGAGCCUGUGUCCUGCCGACAACGCUGUGUCCAAGAAAAUACAGAGACAACGAAUAAAUUGUAGAAAGAGAGGUGUUGAUGUCUUUUCAGGUGAAAGCAAGGAUUACAGGGAUAGAGAUUCGCCGGGAGGCAGGGCAUGGCUGCCACCCAUCACAUUUGGUACUAAUCCAAGGCAGCUAAAUCUCCAUGCGCAGGAAAAGCCCCUCAUGCUUAAUAACGCUCAUGGAAGUGGCGACCGCACCCACAAGGAAAAUGCCAUUUACUGGCUGGCCAUUUCCAGUACAUUUACAGAGAAAUCCUGGCUGCAGCAGCUAGGCGUGGCUCGUUCCCUGGCCCGAAGGUGUGUCCAGAGAAUGGACUAGAGACAUUCACAGGAGGAAGAAUUGUUCCCUCACUUUAUUUGUCACAUGACGUUUGAAACUAAAGUGGCACUGUGACGCACAGCAAACCAUAGACAAAUUGUUCAUAAAUAAAAUAUAUGAAAAGGC